AUGGAGGAUGGUGACAGGAGUGCACAGAGCGAAAGUGUUAUUAACCUCUGGAGUAUGGAGGAUGGUUACAGGAGUGCAGAGAACGAAAAUGUUCUGACCCCUGGAGUAUGGAGGAUGGUGACAGGAGUGCACAGAGCGAAAGUGUUCUUAACCCCUGGAGUAUGGAGGAUGGUGACAGGAGUACAGAGAGCGAAAAAGACACCAGUCCUCCUUUUACCCGGGUCGUUGGCCUCCACAGACACCAGUCCUCCUUUUACCCGGGCCGUUGGCCUCCAAAGACACCAGUCUUCCUUUUACCCGGGUCGUUGGCCUCCACAGACACCAGUCCUCAUUUUACCCGGGUCGUUGGCUUCCACAGACACCAGUCCUCCUUUUACCCGGGCUGUUGGCCUCCACAGACACCAGUCCUCCUUUUACCCGGGUCGUUGGCCUCCACAGACACCAGUCCUCCUUUUACCCGGGCCGUUGGCCUCCAAAGACACCAGUCUUCCUUUUACCCGGGUCGUUGGCCUCCACAGACACCAGUCCUCAUUUUACCCGGGUCGUUGGCCUCCACAGACACCAGUCCUCCUUUUACCCGGGCUGUUGGCCUCCACAGACACCAGUCCUCAUUUUACCCGGGUCGUUGGCCUCCACAGACACCAGUCCUCCUUUUACCCGGGUCGUUGGCCUCCACAGACACCAGUCCUCCUUCUACCCGGGCUGUUGGCCUCCACAGACACCAGUCCUCCUUUUACCCGGCCUGUUGGCCUCCACAGACACCAGUCCUCCUUUUACCCGGGCUGUUGGCCUCCACAGACACCAGUCCUCCUUUUACCCGGGCCGUUGGCCUCCACAGACACCAGUCCUCCUUUUACCUGGGCUGUUGACACCAGUCCUCCUUUUACCCGGGCUGUUGGCCUCCAGAGACACCAGUCCUCAUUUUACCCGGGUCGUUGGCCUCCACAGACACCAGUCCUCCUUCUACCCGGGCUGUUGGCCUCCACAGACACCAGUCUUCCUUUUACCCGGCCUGUUGGUCUCCACAGACACCAGUCCUCCUUUUACCCGGGCUGUUGGCCUCCACAGACACCAGUCCUCCUUUUACCCGGGCUGUUGACACCAGUCCUCCUUUUACCCGGGCUGUUGGCCUCCACAGACACCAGUCCUCCUUUUACCAGGGCUGUUGACACCAGUCCUCCUUUUACUCGGGCUGUUGACACCAGUCCUCCUUUUACCCGGGCUGUUGACACCAGUCCUCCUUUUACCCGGACCUUUUGUCUCUCUAAACACUUGUUCUGCUUUAACCCUGGCCGUUGUUCUCCCUAA